GAGGUCACUGGAGAACUCGCAGGGUUAAGGACACUGCAUUUAAAACGCAGCAGGUAACUAGCAGUAGUCGCCAAACCCUGAGAAGGGGAAGCAAAAAUAGGUUUGUAAUAAGGGAUUGCAGUCAGCGUUUCUUCUAAGGAAAAGCUGGGAACCUUCUCAUUUUGCUUGAAGAAAACUAAGCUAUGAGGCAACAUUUGCCAAGCAUCUAUUAAUUGAGGGAAAUGGGCCUCUUGCCCAAGAUCUGACUUCAGCCGCGUCUUUCCGGCACAGGCAGCUCUUCUUUCCUCUGCAGCUGAUUGGCUCCAGAGUGUGGCCAGAACCCCACCCUCUUGCAUUUAAAGGGGUCAAGUCUCUAACUGCUGAUCUGUUUUCUUCUUUGAAUGAUGGCGCUUACCAUCUCUGUCCUCCAGCUGGCCGUCUGCAUCCUGGCAUUUCCCAUGUAUCUGCUGAACUUCCUGGGCAUGUGGAACUGGAUAUGCAAAAAAUGGUUCCCCCACUUCUUGGCAAAGUUCAUUGUGAUUUACAAUGAACAGAUGGCGAGCAAGAAGCGGGAGCUCUUCAGCAACCUGCAGGAGUUUGCGGGCCCCUCCGGGAAGCUCUCCCUGCUGGAGCUGGGCUGCGGCACUGGGGCCAACUUCAAGUUCUACCCGCCUGGAUGCCGAGUGGCCUGUAUCGACCCCAACCCCAACUUUGAGAAGUUCCUGGUCAAGAGCAUUGCCCAGAACCGACACCUGCAGUUUGAGCGCUUUGUGGUAGCUGCCGGGGAGAACAUGCACCAGGUGGCGGACGGCUCCAUGGAUGUGGUGGUCUGCACCCUGGUUCUGUGCUCCGUAAAGAACGAGAAGCAGAUCCUCCAGGAAGUGCGCAGAGUGCUAAGGCCGGGAGGAGCUUUUUAUUUCAUGGAGCAUGUAGCAGCUAAGCAUUCAACUUGGAAUUACUUCUGGCAACAGGUCCUGGAUCCUGUGUGGUACCUUCUGUUUGAUGGGUGCAGCCUGACCAGAGAGAGCUGGAAGACCCUGGAGCAGGCCGGCUUCUCCAAGCUGAAGCUGCAGCAUUUGCAGGCCCCACUGUCCUGGGAGCUGAUGCGCCCUCACAUCUACGGAUAUGCUGUGAAGUAGUGCAAGCAGGCAGUAGAGAGCUGAAUGGCUCAAAGAGUUCAAGGCUUUGGUUUUACACUUAAAAUACUAAUUGGGAGAAGGGAACUCUUUUGUUUUUGUUUUUUUUUUUAGCUACAGGUUAAUUUCAUCCCUAAAAGUUUAUGCUGUAACUGAUUUAGCUAUUUUCUAUAGUCUCACAAAGAAUCAAAAACAAAACAAAACAAAACAAAUCGGCUUUAAACCCUCCCUUAAAGGAAACAGUGGGCUUUCAUAAUUGAAGUCUACAAUUAUCCUCAAUUCUUACUUUAUUAACCUCACGAUUUUUCUUAUUUAAAUUGUUACCCAAGAGAUUUUAAUUUCAUUCCCUCUCUGAGAAGCUGAUGCUCUCAAAGCAGUUAAAGCACUCAAAAGAAGAUUUUGAAAAGGGAGGAGUGAAAAGAUCUUAAUAAUUCACAAACUGAAUACAGAAAUACUAACUAGUUGAAAAUCCAAACCUAAGUAGCACAAUUUUUUUGGUUGUUUAUUUUGGAAAAAGAAAUCUGAAUCUAUUUGUUGUUCUUGGUAUCACUGGGCUGGCUUUCAAGAUUAAUGCACCAGGACGCCACACCUAGUUCUGCCCAGCUUUGUUGUUCUUCAUUCCAGUAUCCCAUCAGUUUGUUCUCUUGCAUUCCAGUCUUCAGUUCUUAAGAUGAAGACUGUACUUUAGUAUGUCCAUAAAACUGUAUGAAGCAGUUAAAAGUUCUUGAGUUUAUUUCCUCAUUAUCUACUACAUUGCUGAAUGUAGCAAAUUGUAGGUGAAGAAAAGUCUAUUGUAAUUAGGGAAAUCCUGUAAUUAGGUACACUCUGUAAGAGGCCCCUCCCCACCAAACAGGCAACCUGUGAGUCUGUAAAGAAGUAGACAAACAUUGCUUGGAUAACUUUGAUCAAAUUUCCGCUUGGGUCCCAAGAUGGUUUCUUUGUUCCUUAUAGUCAUGGAAACCUUGGAAAAUCAUCACAUAUGCUUUGAAAACACGCUGGUCAGUCAGAGGGCUUAAAAGAAUUUUCAGCGAUAGUUUGAAUUUUUUUUAAUACACUUAGUAUAUUUUCUGAGAUGAUUUUGCAAAGAGACUAUUUUAAGUAAUCAAAUCAAUCAAUGACUUCAUGUACAUUUUAGGAAUGGAAAUAAAAUUAAUGGUUUAUAUCUUU